GCAUGCGCAGGACCCGGAGGUGAAAAGAACAAUUUUCGUCACUGUGGCGUCCUAGCAAUCACGUAAGCUUUCUUUUCCGAACCCCGACGGCAGCAUGCAUAACGAAAAGAAAAGAAGCAUGGAAGACACCUGGUCUGCUGCCGAGCUGAAAAGACUACUUUCCAGGACGAAGGAGCAAGAGCACGACAGAAAGCAGCACCGCGGUGGAGAAUCCGCGGAGAGACGUUCUAGGGACUCCCAAGGGGACCGAGACCACAGAGACCAUCACGGAGCCAGACUAGAGGAAAGAAGGGGUGACAGGAGGCCGGAGCGAGACAGGUUGGAGGACACGAGCAGACGUGCACGCGGCCCCAGAGAGGACAGAGACAAGCGGGAUAAACGGAGGCCGAGGAAGGGACAUGAGGAGGAAGACGCACUCAAGCGAAGGGAGGAUAAGGAGAGGCGAAAGGAGGAGCGGGAUAAAGAGAGACGGCCGGAGGAACGGGACAGGAGGAGACACGAAGAGAGACGGGACGACCGAGACGGCGGACGAGAGAGGCGCGAGGACAGGAAGCCAUCGAGGGAAGAAAGAGAUCAAUACCGAAGACAAAAAGAAGAGCGAGAAAGGAGACACAAAGAGAAAGCAUAUCACGAUGAAAAGCUGAGGCGAGAAGAGGGGGCAGAGGAAGAGAGGGAAAGACGUGACGCUGAGAGACAUCGCAGCAGCUCCAAGGACUCCAGACCGAGUCACAGCCGUGAGAGCAAGACGAGAAAAGCUGAGGAGGACGUGAUGCGUUCAGGGAACGUGGCAGCUAAAGAUGCUGGCAACGCGCUAGUAGCCAAGCAUGAGCCUUCGCCAGACUACGAAGAUGACUUUGAGGAUUACGAAGAGGAUUUCGACGAACUGGACGAGGACGCAGAGGAAGAGGCCGAGAAACUGGAGCUGGGCGAGGAGGUUGAAGCCAUCCAAAAAGCCAUGGGCGAAGAGAACGAACGUGUCCGAGUCUCUAUUUCUACCCUUAGCAAAGACAGAGGAGAGGAAAAGCCUGAAUUGUCCAGAGUGAAUAGCUCAGAUGAGAGGAGCAGCAGAGGCUCCCAGCGAGGAAAGUUUAUCGACUUUGUGGCGGCGAAGCAGCGAGAAGUCGGCAAGAAAGUGGCCAUGAAACAAAAGAAACGCAGCGCAGAGCUGCUUCGUUUAAUGGAUCUGGAUUUCUCCACCACCUUCUCCCUUCUGGAUCUGCCUCCCGUCAGCGAAUAUGACAUGUACAUCAGGAACUUUGGAGCUGCAAACACAAAGCAGGCUUACGUCCAGUGUAAUGAGGAAAAUGCCGAGCGGGACGUCCAGACCGAGGAGGUGGACUUGAGUGACAAGUGGACGCAGCAUCCCGCAGAGCACAGCGGUGCCUGUGGCGAUCCAAAGCGGUCACAUGAAAGCGGAAACGUGAACGGAAUGAACUUGGAUUCAAGACGUUUGGCCGUCUUCUUGCGUGCCGCCUCCCAGGUAAUGGCGGUGCUGCUGGAGGAGGAUCACACCGAGAGGAGUUCCUUCAAGGGCCGGACGACACAAUCGGACACCCUGUCUUUCAGCGACGGAAGUCUGCGGCUCAACAUGGACUUGCCUUUUCUCCGCGGUCGCGCCGUCAGCCAGGUGCUUUUCUCUCAGGCGCAGAGACACACGCUCCUGUCUGUUCACAAGCCGCCAGCUUCACCCGAUGAUGCCGAGCGGCAUCUCGACUGCACCGUCAUCUGCGUGUGGAACAUGUGGGUGCCAUCCAGACCGCAGAAGAUCCUGCUCUGUGAUUCAGAGGUGCAGUGCUGCUGUUUCAGCCCGGGAAAGGCCACGCUGGUGUUCUCCGGCACGUCCGUCGGCUCCGUGGCGCUGUGGGACCUACGAGAGCCCGACGGCGACCACCAACGGCUGAAGGUGGGCGGCGACGAGUGGACCUUCAGACGGCCUACCUUCUCUACCGAUGCAGUGCCCUCGGCCCAUUCCCUGCCGGUGACGUCGGUGGAGGUCGUUGCCACCAACGCAAGAGUAGCCUUUUUAGCAUCCGAAGAAGAAUUGUUGGGCUUGUCCUUCCGGUUGGCCUCUCUAGAUGAGAGCGGGCUCUUGAAUCUUUGGGUGGUAGUGCAACUUCCCAAAGGCAACGAGGCAGGCUCCCAGGCAGAUCUAGGUCUGAGGCCGGGUGGAAAAGUGAAGCUGCUGCACAGCUCCGCCUGCGUGACGGCCGACGGGGCGUCAGCGUCGCACGUGGACAAAACAGGGCCGCCGCAGUGCCUUCAUCUGAAAUUUCUUCCCACUGACCCCAGUCAUUUCUUCAUUGGCACCAAUUUGGGUCUGGUCAGUCACGGCACCACUCAGGGUUUGAAGGCCCUGCCCAAGCGCUACACCUCGCAGGAGUCGGCCACCCGGCUCGUUGAUGUCAGCGCCGUCCACUUUUCUCCUUUCAGGCCAAACUUGUUUUUGGUGGGCUGCGGGGACGGCAGCGUACGGUUACACGAGGUCAGCCGCGACAAACCGGUGGACGAGUGGACGGACGGCACUGACGGCGAGGCGGUGGUCUCGCUGCAGUGGAGCCAAACUAGGCCUGCGGUCUUCUGGGUGUUGGACGCCGCAUCUCGCCUUCACAUCUGGGACCUGCUGAAGAGCGACAAAGCGCCUGUUGUCACGGAGCGCCUGGACGCAGACAGGCUGACGGCCAUGGCUGCAUUUGGAGAUCCGGGACAACAGAACAUGUACUCUGGAAUAGCGACGGCACACCAUUCGGGUAAAAUCGAAAUGCACUAUUUCACAAGGGAGUUCACCGUCCAAAGUUGUGAAGAAGAAAAAGCAUUAGAAGCAAAGAUUGUACAAUCUCUUUGAAACACCUUCGUCGAUGGUGUACAUUUUGUCACUCGUGCAUAGUUGCAUAUGUCAAUUUCAACUUUUGUGUUU